GCGAAUACGGACCCCCGACUCAACACGAUCCUUAGCAGCACGUAUAUAGCGCGCGGGACACGUCUUGGUUGCUCUUGUUUUUCCUCGUUUUCCCUCCGUCAUGAACCUCUCCUCGCAAGAUGUGGCCAUCCUCGGCGUCGGGGGCGCCGCAGCUGUCCUCUAUCUCUUCCGUGACCAGAUCUUCUCCUCAAAAACGUCCUCCGUCCCCGUCCCCACCACGAAGGCAGCCGCAGGCGAGGGGAACCCGAGAGACUUUGUCGCGAAGAUGAAGGCCGGGAACAAGCGUCUUGUCAUCUUCUACGGUUCGCAGACCGGUACGGCUGAGGAGUACGCUAUCCGCCUGGCGAAGGAAGCGAAGACGAAGUUCGGCCUCGCAUCACUCGUGUGCGACCCGGAGGACUACGACUUCGAGAACCUCGACCAGGUGCCCGAGGAUUGCGCCGUCAUCUUUGUGCUCGCGACGUACGGCGAGGGCGAGCCCACCGACAAUGCCGUCACCCUCCUGCAGAACUUCGAGGAUGAGUCCUUCGAGUUCUCCAACGGGGAGCACAAGCUCGAUGGUCUCAAGUACGUCAUGUUUGGCCUGGGGAACAAGACGUACGAGCACUACAACCUCAUGGCGCGCAAGAUGGACAAGAUGCUCGAGGACAUGGGCGCCGUCCGCAUCGGCGAGCGCGGAGAGGGUGACGAUGACAAGAGCAUGGAGGAGGACUACCUUGCGUGGAAAGAUGGGAUGUGGGAGGCGUUCGCCGAGGCGAUGGGUGUCGAGGAGGGUCAGGGCGGCGACAGUGCGGACUUCGUCGUAUCGGAGCUUGAGACUCAUCCAGAAGACAAGGUCUAUCUUGGCGAACUCUCCGCCCGCGCCUUGACGAAGACGAAGGGCAUCCACGAUGCGAAGAACCCAUACCCCGCGCCCGUCCUUGUCGCCCGUGAGCUGUUCCAGGAUGUCAAGGACCGGAAUUGCGUGCACAUGGAGCUCGGCAUUGAAGGUUCUGGUAUGUCCUACCAGCACGGCGACCACGUCGGCGUUUGGCCUACCAACGCGGAUGUCGAGGUUGACCGCAUUCUUUGCGCCCUCGGCCUCCACAAUAAGAAGGAUACGGUCAUCAACAUCGAAUCCCUCGACCCGGCCCUUGCCAAGGUGCCCUUCCCCGUCCCUACCACCUACGGCACUGUCGUCCGGCAUUACAUCGACAUCAGCGCUGUCGCUGGUCGCCAAAUACUCGGCAACCUCGCGAAGUAUGCGCCUACCCCUGAGGCAGGCGACUACAUGCGGGAACUCAACUCCAACAAGGAGCUUUUCGCUAAGGUCGUCACUGAUGGCUGCUUGCGAGUAGCCGAGGUCCUCCAGCUUGCCGCCGGUAACGACAUUAAGGCAAGACCGACACCCGAGAACACCACUGCUUGGGAUAUACCCUUCGACAUGAUCGUCUCCUCCAUUCCCCGCCUCCAGCCCCGCUACUACUCCAUCUCCUCCAGCCCGAAGCUGCACCCCAACGCCAUUCACGUCACCUGCGUCGUUCUCAAGUAUGAGAACAUCCCGUCCGAAAAGGUCCAGCACAAGUGGGUCUACGGCACUGGCUCCAACUUCCUCCUCAAUCUCAAGGCUGCCGCCAACGGCGAGGACAACGUCCCGCUUAUCAGCUCCGACGACCCUAGCGCGGCCGAGUCGACCGACUUCCCACGAUACUGCAUCGAGGGCCCGCGCGGCGCAUACCGGGAGGAGACCAUCUACAAGGUCCCCGUUCACGUGCGGCGCUCGACCUUCCGCCUGCCGACGAACCCGAAGAGCGCGGUCAUCAUGGUCGGCCCCGGCACCGGCGUCGCGCCCUUCCGCGGCUUCGUGCAGGAGCGCAUCGCGCUCGCGCGGCGGUCGAUCGAGAAGAACGGCGAGGACGCACUCGCGGACUGGGGCAGUAUCACGCUGUACUACGGCUGCCGGCGGUCGGACGAGGACUUCCUGUACAAGGAUGAGUGGCCGCAGUACGAGGCGGAGCUGAAGGGCAAGUUCCAGAUGCGCUGCGCGUUCUCGCGCGAGCCGCCGUACAAGCCGGAUGGGGGGAAGAUUUACGUGCAGGAUCUCAUUUGGGAGGACAAGGACCGGAUCGCGGACGCGGUGCUGAAUGGGAAGGGCUACGUGUAUAUUUGCGGCGACGCGAAGAACAUGGCGAAGUCGGUGGAGGACACGCUGGCGCGGAUUCUCGGUGAGGCGAAGGGUGGAUCGGCGGAGGUUGAGGGCGCGGCGGAGUUGAAGCUCUUGAAGGAGCGCUCGCGCUUGCUCCUCGAUGUCUGGAGUUAGACGGUUCGCCCUCUGCUCUUGGAUCGUCACCUUCCUCCUCUUCCCGACUUCUCCCUGGAUCGAACCCUCAACCGCUCAGCCCUGACCCUCUCACCUACACUUACACACUAUGCUACCGUGCGCUGGGCGCGGUAGCUGGAAAACGAUGGCUCGGACAACAAUGGCUCGUCGGAAAACGGGUUGGGAUGACCCGCUAUCUGCACAUAGCUGGCACGACCCGCUUUCUGUACAUAUGUUACACCUUUGACCCCACCUCUCGUUACCGCAGGCGACCCUGGCUGGAGCUGGGUGUUCAUGAUAGUCGGCACAUAGAACUAUUUAAUACAUUGGAUCUCGUAGACUGUCC